AAGAAAAAGAAAUACCAGUCCCUCACUGUAGUUAAAACCGUUGUCGCCAUCCCACACUCCCCAAAACCCUACGCUUCUUGGACUCCAUUUGCCGCCUGCUUCAUCGUCUCAAGCCACCUCGGACUUCAAUUUCUCUAUCACCAUGGAGUCGCGAGAACUGACGGCGGAGGAACUCGAAAAGAAGAAGAAGAAAGAAGAGAAGGCUAGAGAGAAGGAGCUAAAGAAACUUAAAGCUGCACAAAAAGCAGCAGCAGCAAAGCUUCAGGCACAACAACCUGCUGCUGCUUCAAAGUCAGAGAAGAAGAAGAAUGCGAAAAGAGAAGCACAGGAGGAAAAUCCCCAGGAUUAUGUUGACCCAGAGACACCUCUGGGUGAAAAGAAAAAGCUGGCUCGACAAAUGGCAAAGACUUACAACCCCAGCGCUGUAGAAAACUCGUGGUAUGAAUGGUGGGAAAAGUCAAACUUCUUUGAGGCAGACCCAAAAAGCUCCAAACCACCUUUUGUCAUUGUGCUCCCACCUCCUAAUGUUACCGGGGCCCUUCACAUUGGCCACGCUCUUACUGCUGCUAUUGAGGACACAAUUAUUCGUUGGAAGCGGAUGUCUGGUUACAAUACAUUGUGGGUGCCUGGUAUGGAUCAUGCUGGAAUAGCCACUCAGGUUGUUGUGGAAAAGAAACUUAUGAGGGAACAGAAAUUGACAAGGCAUGAUGUUGGUCGUGAAAGAUUUGUAGAUGAAGUCUGGAAAUGGAAGGAUGAGUAUGGGGGCACAAUUCUAAAGCAACUCCGCCGCUUGGGUGCAUCUCUUGAUUGGUCGCGUGAGUGCUUUACCAUGGAUGAGAAGAGAUCAAGGGCUGUGACUGAGGCUUUUGUAAGACUUCACAAGGAGGGUCUCAUAUAUAGGGAUAUACGUCUGGUUAACUGGGAUUGCGUCUUGAGAACAGCAAUAUCCGAUAUUGAGGUAGACUACAUAGAUAUCAAAGAGAGAACACCGUUGCGGGUUCCUGGAUAUGGAACUCCCGUCGAAUUUGGGGUGCUGACAUCAUUUGCUUAUCCUUUGGAAGGGGAUUUGGGUGAGAUUGUUGUGGCAACUACUCGAGUGGAAACAAUGCUCGGUGAUACUGCAAUUGCUAUACAUCCAGAUGAUCCAAGAUACAAGCAUCUUCAUGGGAAAUUUGCUGUUCAUCCUUUCAAUGGAAGGAAGCUCAAAAUAGUUUGUGAUAGUGUCCUUGUCGAUAUGAAGUUUGGGACUGGUGCUGUUAAGAUAACUCCAGCCCACGAUCCUAAUGAUUUUGAGGUUGGCAAGCGCCAUGAUCUCAAAUUCAUCAAUAUCUUCACAGAUGAUGGAAAAAUAAAUACCAACGGUGGUGAAGAAUUUGCAGGAAUGCCACGUUUUAAAGCACGUGAGGCUGUGACCCAAGCUUUAAAAGAAAAGGGACUUUAUAGAGGUGAUAAAAAUAAUGAGAUGCGCCUUGGCAUUUGUUCAAGAAGCAAUGAUGUAGUGGAGCCCCUCAUAAAGCCACAGUGGUAUGUGAACUGCAAAGGCAUGGCAGAGGAAGGUCUGAAUGCUGUCAUUGAUGAUACAAAUCCAAAAUUGGAGAUCAUACCCAAACAAUAUGUUGCUGAAUGGCAGAGAUGGCUUGAAAACAUUCGUGAUUGGUGCAUUUCAAGGCAGCUUUGGUGGGGCCAUCGUAUCCCUGCGUGGUAUGUGGUGUUGGAAGAUGAUCAACUGAAGGAGCUUGGUGUUUACGAUAAUCGGUGGGUGGUUGGCAGGACCGAGGAAGAAGCUCAGAAGGAGGCUAGCAGAAUGUUUGUUGGGAAGAAGUUCCAGCUUUUCCAAGAUCCAGAUGUCUUGGAUACCUGGUUUUCUUCUGGUUUAUUUCCAUUAUCUGUAUUAGGGUGGCCAGAUGAUACUGAUGACCUCAAAGCAUUUUAUCCAACAAGCGUGCUUGAAACUGGUCAUGAUAUUCUCUUCUUCUGGGUGGCACGCAUGGUGAUGAUGGGUAUGAAGCUAGGAGGUGAUGUCCCAUUUAGAAAGGUUUACUUGCACCCAAUGGUUCGCGAUGCGCAUGGACGCAAGAUGUCCAAGUCACUGGGAAAUGUUAUCGAUCCCCUAGAAGUCAUUCGAGGUGUAACCCUAGAAAAUCUUCAUAAGAGGCUAGAAGAAGGAAACUUGGAUCCGAAUGAACUCAAAACUGCAAAAGAGGGGCAGGAGAAGGAUUUUCCUAAGGGCAUACCUGAAUGUGGUGCUGAUGCUUUGCGCUUUGCUCUUGUUUCAUAUACAGCUCAGUCAGACAAAAUAAAUCUGGACAUUCAGAGGGUGGUUGGGUAUAGGCAAUGGUGCAAUAAGCUUUGGAAUGCAAUUAGGUUUGCUAUGACUAAACUUGGAGAUGAUUAUACCCCUCCAACAGAGAUUGAUCCAGCUUCCAUGCCUUUUAGCUGCAAGUGGAUACUGUCUGUUUUGAACAAAGCUAUAUCAAAAACAGUUGCGUCAUUAGAUUCCUUUGAGUUUUCUGAUGCUGCUACGGCUGUAUACUCGUGGUGGCAAUUUCAACUGUGUGAUGUGUUCAUUGAAGUAAUUAAGCCAUAUUUUACUGGCAACGAUCCUGCAUUUGCAUCAGCAAGAAGAUCUGCACAGGAUACCUUGUGGCUGUGUCUAGAUUACGGGUUACGAUUACUUCAUCCGUUUAUGCCGUUUGUCACUGAAGAACUGUGGCAACGUCUUCCUUCUAAGAUAGAUUCAGUCAGGAAAGAGUCCAUUGUGAUAUCAGAAUAUCCAUCUGUUGUAAAGAGUUGGAUUAAUGAUGAUGUAGAGUCGGAGAUGGAUAUGAUCGAGUCUGUGGUUAAAUCACUGAGGUCUCUUCGAUCACAGUUGCCACCAAAUGAGAGGCUUCAGCGGCGUGCAGCUAUUGUUCGUUGCCGCACAAAUGAUGCAUGCACCAUCAUCAUGAGACAUGAUCUGGAGAUCGCCACUCUUGCCCUUCUAUCAUCUCUGACUGUCUUAAGUGAGAACGAUGAUGUUCCAGUGGGUUGCUUGGUAGAUGUGGUCAAUGAAUCUCUUUCAGUUUUCCUCAAACAAGGAAGCAUCAAUGUUGAAGCUGAACUUGAAAAGCUGAGGAAGAAAAUGGAGGAGACACAAAAGCAAUAUGACACCUUGACGAAGAAGACAAGUGCUGCUGGCUACCAAGAGAAAGUUCCGGCCCAUAUCCGAGAGAGUGAUGAGGCAAAACUGGCAUCAUUACUGCAAGAAAUCUUGUCAUUCAAGGAAGCGAGCGAGCAUCUGGAACAUGAGAAUCCCGAAUCCUAAAAAUAUUUCGAUUUUUAGGCUUUUGAGCUCUUGGCAAAAAUGUUGAGGUUCAAGCUUGCACUAAAUCAUCUUUGUUAUUUCAUGGCUGAUUUUCACACAUUACCGUGUAACAGUAUUGCUGGGUUUUGGCCACGUACUAGUUGAAACAGGGCCUUUAAUCUUAAUAUACUACUAAAGCAAAUUUUGAUGAUA